GUGAGAAGUCCAUUGUGGAUUGGAUCGGUUUGCGUCGGAGUCGAACUUAGUACUAUCUGUGAGUAGAAUGUGGAAGGUUGUAUCAGUGGUGUGCGCGGUUUUCGCGAGCGCGUGCGCAGCGCCGGCAGAAAUACAAAGCUUCGCGCCUAUAAACGAAUUCGCGCUGCAACUACUCGAAAACACUUACGCUUACCAAGACAAUUUUGGCAAUAAGAACAUCGCUAUAUCACCUUUAUCGAUAUGGAGCAUAUUCUCUUUAUUAGCCGAAGGAUCUUCUGGCGAAACGUUCUUGGAAUUAAUGAAAGGAUUAAAACUGCCGAGAGACUUGAGAACGACUCAAGCUUUGCACAGAGCUGUGAAUAAUCAAUUAAAGAGUAACAAAGAAGAUGUCACGUUAAUAGGACAAUCAGCUAUGUUUCCUGAUUGCUCUUUGGAGGUGUUGCCCGAAUUUUGUGAAGCAGCAACGUCUUAUAACACUGACAUUUAUGUGGUGGACCCAUCUAACACCACGAAACUAGCCCACGAUAUUAAUUUGUACGUGUGCCUCGCUACGGAUGGACUAAUUGCCAAUGCAGUAACUCCUGAGCUCCUGACAGAUUUAAGAAUGGUCCUGGUGGAUGCUCUCUACUUCAAAGCAAGCUGGACGUACCAAUUCGACCCGUCCCGAACAAAAGAAAGCUCAUUCUUCAACCUCCAAGGGAAGAACAUAGGAUCAGUGAACAUGAUGUACCAAAAAGCACCACAUAAUAUUGCGUAUCCCGAGCAAAUUGAGGCCCAAGUUUUAGAAAUGACAUACGGGAAGAACGGGCAGUAUUCUAUGAUGAUUUUAUUGCCUUUCAAUGGGGUCCCUACUAACAAAGUUUUGAAGAAUUUGGCUACCAAACCCAUGGAUUGGAUCGCUGAGUUAAGGGAAACUGGCAGUGGCACUGACGUGGAUUGUUUUAUCCCCCGUUUUAAAUUAUCGACUCGUCAGGAUAUGAUAACUCCGUUGCAGUACUCUGGCAUAGUUUCCAUAUUUGAUUCCAAGAAAUCCCAGCUGCCUGGUGUAGCAGACAGUCCUUUGUACGUCACAAAGACGAUUCAGAAUGUUGAGAUUGAAGUCACGGAGGAAGGGACUACGGCAGCAGCGUCAACCGUUGUAGGUUUGGAAAAUCGCAUUCUAGCGCAAAGGUUUGAAGCGAAUAGGGAAUUCAUAUUUUUAAUAAUGGAGAGAAGUUCAAAUGUAAUAUUAUUCGCUGGUGUCUACGGUGAGCCAUCUUUAGAUUGAUUGGUUUUGAAUAUUUGGAAUCUCGAGACGAUGUUUUCUGUGAAGUUGACUAAUUGUAUUAUGAAAAUAAAAUAGAAACAAAAUAAAAUGGACACGCCAUUUUGUUUCUUAUUUUGAUUUCACAUGUAGAUUAAUUUUAUUAUAACUGUAAGCAACAUUCCUGCCACUAAUUAAUUUUGUAGCUAAAUAGCACCUAAGGCUGGGUUGCACCAUCUUACUUUAACUUUGACAAACGUCAGAAAUCUGUCAAACUCCAUACAAAAAGCACCGGUUAUCGUUAUAGUUACGGUCAAAGUUGGUGGUGCAACUCAGCCAAAGUAGGUAGGUAUUACAGCUAGGUACACAAAAUGCCAGUGUUUAGCUAAUGUGCGGUCUUCUGUACCACGAUAGAUUGGGUUCUGCGAUAAUGUCAUCUAUCUAGUUGUCAUAAGAACCUUUUUUAAACUUAAAAGUUAUAUUAUUUCUUUGUGUUCAUGACUGUACAAAUUAAAGUUACCAUUAAUAUUAUGUACCUAUAUUUUUAUUGUUUUCGUUCGCGAAUUGUUAAUAUUUUGUGAUUGGCCAGUCAUAGGAUGUAAUGUAUGAAUUUUUGUACUGAAAUAAAAACGUGUUUUAAA